AAAAAAAAAAAAAAUAGAAGAGAAAUAAGAAAUAAAAUUGAAAGACUAAACUCGGAAGCUGGAACCUGCGGAUAGACGGACGCUUUGACUUCUAUGAUAGCUGCCCUGUCACGAUGACUCGUACAAGCAAGCACCCGGUGCUUAGCAGGUACCUUACAGCAGCAACCAGCUUCAAACGAUACAUGCCCACUACCUUAACCUGCUCUCUGCCUGCCCGAGUCGAGUCCUACGUGUACACCUACUCGUACUGUAUCAAACCGGACGAUAUCCGCAACACACGAGAAAACGCGGCGCCCGUCAAAAUCCCAGCCGGAUUCGGCACUGCCCCUCUGCAGACACCUUGAAAAGCUGGUGGGCAUCCAGCAUAUGUCCAAAUCGAGGCUAACGGGGCGAAUUGGCCCUUUUUUUGUCCCAGCUUGCCUUGGUUCCUGUUCACCCCUCUCUUCUCUAAACAGGUUAUUCACAGCGCGGCUCACAAACCACGAAUCACAGCCAGAACCAAGAAUUUUCGGAUCUCUUGUUUUUGCCUUCUACAACCUACUAGCACAUCACCCCCUUUUUGCCGAUUUAUUUGUUCUAUUUAUUUAUUGGUUAUGCCCAGCGUCGUCUUUUCAACUAGCUCCGCGCCCUUUUUCCUGCUCGUCCAUUGGACAGUCUAGAGCCUGGCCCGGAACCCGCCUCUUUCUAUGUACCAACCUAAACGCACCUCUUUGUUCGUAUCGCAUCGAAGGCGUCUCGCUUUGAGAAAAAAAAAAAAAAACAGGGGCAGAGAAAAGAAUCGAAACAGAAAAAAAAGACAUCAAAACAACAUCAUCAUCCGAGGGAUGCCCUCAAUCCAGAUACC